AAUUUCAUCGAAAAUGAAAUGAAAAUAAAAUGAAAUGUAAGCUUAGCACCGACUGCUAAUACACCACUCGCGCACAUGCAGAUAGAUCUUUUUGUCGUACGAAAAUAAACCAAUCUGCUGUGGAGGCCCUGACCUAUUUCUGGCGCUUUAAAAAAACCACUUUAAGAAAACAUAAAGAAGUGUACACACAGAGUGUCUUCUCUGAAACAGAAACGAAACAACCCUGAGUCUGAUAGUCCCUCUCUCAAUUUAUGGGGGUGACUCAACCUUUUCACGGCCGAAGGAUUUUGUGUACCGGAACAGUACAUCCGAUUAAAUCUCUCAAUGUGGUCAAUUGUUGCUAAGAGGGGUUUUCAAAUACGUCAUUGAGCUAUUUAAAUCUUUCCCAUCCAGACCGACUCUUUUUACAAAAAUAACCACAAUUUCACUACCGCAAUCGACAGGAAAUCCUGUGUCAUAUCGCACUUGAAAAUAUGAAUCUACCACCGAUCGAAGGCGAAGUGCGAAGGAAGAGACUAGAGUUCUCAAUUUCCAGCGAAGGGUCGGGAGAAACAGUAUCCACCGAAGACAGUUCCACUGAACUCCUCGGAAGAAUGCAUCGAGCGCCGAGUUGUGUCUCCAAUAUCCAGCUAUGCGCAAACCAGCAGAAACUGGAAGACCUUUACAAAUCUUACACCAAGCUGAAAAUCUACUUUUGUGUUCUCUGUGUUGUCAACGUCAUCAUCAUCCUUCUCGUCUGCGGCUUCUUCGCUGUCUUCUUCGUCCGGUUGUCAGACAACGAUACGAUUUUGGACAACUUCCGGUCAAAGUCGUCUCCAAAAGUAGGUGAUAAUGUUCCGGCGCCCGGAAAGACCGCAGCCCUGUCCGCGAUCACGGAGCUUCCUACAGUCCAAGAGGCCAAGAUCCGGUGUUCUGUCCUUACGUACAAACUGAACGCUACCCAAUAUGAUACAGACGAAAUGUGUUCUCUCGAGGACAUGGUGGAUUCCAUCGCUAAAUAUCUGAAACCAAGGGAAUACAAUGAUGUUUUACAUCUUACCGAUGGCUCUCCUCAAUCAGACGGUUCUCAUUGCUUCCUCAAAGACUGGGUAAAGGACAAAGACAGCUCCUCUCCCCAAAAUAGCGGAUUAAAGUUCUCAAAGGAGAGAGGGGUGAUCAUUAUCCCCUCCAACGGGUAUUAUUACGUUUACAGCCGUAUUACGUUCAAGUACAACCCAUCAAUCCCCAUAGAACAUGUAAUGGCAUUGAAAUUGAAGGACACUAAGCACAUUAUUGAAAAGGGUAAAGGGUUGUCUAAUCGUUACACCACCGUGCAAUCCGCAUCCAUUCAGUGCACCAAUAAAGCCUCCGUCCACAGUAGCUUCCUGCAGAGAGUGGUAUAUUUGAACCAAGGGGAGGAACUUCGGGUCAAAAUGUCGGAUACCGGAAAAAUUCAGUAUGACGAAAGAUACAAGCACGAGAACUUUUUUGGCGUCUUCAAGCUGUGACAAAAAGAAUGAACAAUAUGGAUCAGAACAGAUCUAUAGCUGUCUAAAUACGACAGACAGGCAUACUCUGCCACGGAGAGUACGUUCGGAACUCUCUUUGACCGGUGCCGCUUCAGAGACUAGCAAGCGUAGAAACGUUCCGGUUUAUGUCUAGUUGUUAAACAAGGCAUUGCAAUAUUCGUAUGUUAAACGAAUGUUUGUUAUAUGAAACGACACAUCUGUGAUACCUUUAUCAGAAGAUCUACUCCUGUUUUGCAUUCUUUGUGCCAAAAACUUGGGAUCCUCAAAAUGGGCCCUAAACACCAUCCCCCGUAUGUCUGAUACAGACAGAGAUAUGAUCCCAUCAUUUUGUAUUAUCGUCUGCUAUUUGACGAUUAUGCAAGUGUAUAUUUUUCAUCAAUCGCAUUAUAGUAGAGAAAAUUCAAAAUUGUUAUAAUUAUAACAUACCUGUUUGUAGAGUGAUUAAUACAUGUAUUUGUUUUGAUGACACUGUACAGGUAUGUUCCCUCUGUUGUUUUUUAUGUUUGUUUGUUUGUUUGUUUUGUUUUGUUUAUGUUCAAGACUAACUUGUGUUUUUCUUUGUCCAUUACAAAGCUUCUUAAAUUCAAUAAGGAUCCUCAAUUCUGUUUUCAUGAACAUUUCAAGUACAGUUUUUCAUCAUAUUUUUUAAAACGAGAACAACAUCGCUUAAAAUGGUAGCAAACUAGUCAAACGUUUCACAUUGAAACGUCAGCGCGAUGGUUGCAUGCAAAAUCAAUGCUCAAUUUAUUCUCUGUUAAGAAUGAUCUCAAAAGCAAUAUGAUACAAUCGGAAUGGCCUAGUUAUACAAAUAACACAUUUAUAUUAUGAGGUAUAUGUACUAUAUGUUCAGUUGCUGUAUCUAAUUGUUGAUAUAUUGUUAUUAUAUUAAAUAAUGUGAAAA